AUGGAAAAACCUCUCAAGCCCACAAAGCAACAAAAGCCUUAUCCAACUCAAGGGAAGGAGAGCGAAUACUAUGAGUUUCAGCCCGAAGAAGUAAAUUUGAAACAUCGUUGGAUCUAUGGAUCCACUACUAUUCAUCCGGACCUCAUUCCUUCCUCACUGAAAUUUUGUUACAACGGGUGGCCCAGAGGGGUGAAGUAUCCAAAAGUAGUGGCGCUUGAGAAGGGAACUGGGUAUUCAGUGGAGACGUAUUUUGGAGAUGCCGAUCCAAAGGUUAUUCUAAAUUCAUGCAUGGCGGUCGAGAAUUCGGUACUAAUUCAGAAGUUUAGGAAUUUACGGUCAUUUUGAAAAGAGAAGAUGAGGUUAUUCCGAAACUAGCAACUUCGCCAGAGGAUGAAGCGUCUAUUUUCAAAACCUUCGAAGAGGCACAAACGACCAUUUCCACGGACAAAGAAAUCAUCUAUGUACGUAUAUCCUUCACCAUUUCCAUCCAUACCUGACUAACAGCACAUCAAUGAGUAAGAAGCUAACACCCAAAACCUCAGUACCGCGAAAAAUCAGAUCAACGCAAGUUCGAAACCCUCCAGGACGAAAAAAACCACCUGAUCGCACAAAUAGAAAUACUUCUUUCCCACUACGAUGAUAACGAAGUCGAUAUUCUCGGCACAGGACCCUCGAAAGUCCUACUGGAAGAAGAUGAAUUUAUCGAGGGAGUCAUGUACCGGGAGUUGAAAUUGUAUUUUUUUGCUAUUGCUGCUAGAAAAUGGGCACAUGAGAUGCAAAAGGUUAAAGAUUCGUUUACAUCCCGGAUCACGGAAGAGGGGAAGACAAGGGAGUUGGAAGUUGUGGCUGCUUUUGAGGAAGAGCGGAGAUUUCGUGAGAGGGAGAGAUUUGCGAAGAGCCGUGAGGAAAAAAAGAAGAGACAGAGGGGUGAUGACGAUGGAGAGCCGGAAAAGGAGUUCAAGAGUCGGAAGGUUGAGGCUUGA